UUUACUUUUCCGCGCGGCGCAGCAGCGCUGCAUUGCGAUGCUCAGAAGCGCCCGCCCUCCCUAAUUCUCAUGCUCAUCAUGGAGGAAUAACAGGUACCUGCUUUACAGAGAGAGGAGGACAGGCUAUUCCCAUUCCCAGAGACAUCUCGAAACGUGGUCAGACCAUUGGCGAAUGUGAGUUAUACUGUUGUAGCAAAGCAGACAAUCGCGAUGAAGCAUUUUCUGAGGGUACUGACCCAGUUACUGGUGUUCCUGUACUGUAAGUGUUUGUGGCGGGGCCUGAAGUUUGUCAUCAGGAAGUUAACUGGACGAUGUGAGCUUCAACGCAUCUGUUACAAUAACAAACCCGGUGCUCGAAGGACACUCAAGAUCGAAUCAUCACUCAAAUGCUCUAAACAUGAGCUUUUGCAGUCUGCCAUCAACGCUCACCCAGAUUCUGUGGAGAAGACUAUCGAUGAUAUAAUGUCCCGGAAAAAGAUCAACCUUGACACUAACCCACAGCUUGGCAUCUCUCUCCAGGCUUGCCUACACCAGAUCGUGGGUUACCGAAACCUGGUAGUGGAGGUGGAGAAGCUGCGUAGAGAGCCAUAUGAUUGUGAAAACCAAGCACAUGAAGAGAUGCUCAUGAAGCUGUGGAAGGAACUCCGUCCUGAUUCUCCUCUCUCUGGACGCAUCUCAAAGCAAUGGUGUGAGAUUGGUUUCCAAGGAAACGACCCCAAGACUGAUUUCAGGGGCAUGGGUCUCCUGGGAUUGCACAACCUACUGUAUUUUGCAGAGCAUGACAAAGCCACCGCUCUCCAAGUUCUUCAUGACUCCCUGCAGCCCAAACACAGGAACGUUUCCAAAGUGGAAGCCAGCAAGAUGAGCAAAGCUGAGUGGGACAAGAAGAAAUUUGACAAAGCGAUUGGAUACUCCUUCGCCAUAGUUGGCAUAAACAUCACUGACCUGGCAUAUUCCCUGCUGGUGAGCGGGGCUCUGAAGACUCAUCUGUACAAUGUGGCACCAGAGAUGCCAAGUCUAGUGCACUUCCAACAGACCUUCUGUUAUCUGAUGCAGGAGUUCCACAGGUUCUGGAUGGAGGAAGAUCCAUGUGACAUCAUGGAGUUCAAUCGUGUGCGCAACAAGUUCCACAAGCGCGUCCUAAAGCAGCUGAAGAACCCUGACAUGGCACUGUGUCCUCACUUCACCGCCACUGACCUUCACCUGGUCAACCUGUAGCUUCUCAUUCAUCUCAACUCUCAUGACCUUUCACCUUCUCAUCCUUAAAACCCAUGUCUCAUUACUGCCAACUGCUCAGCCGGUCUCUUUCUCACACAUUCUCACACCAAUGUCUCCUUCAGCCCAUCCGACCAGACGUUACUGAAGAUCACCAGCACUGCUGUAGACCAUGUUGAUUGUAUGUGUGCAUGGCAACAGUGCCCCACUGAUUGUGUUAUUUCCAGCUAUCUGAAUGUGGAUGGGAGAAAGAUCUCUCCCGAUAGGACAAAGCUCCCUAUCCACCAGUAGGUCGAGCUGUUGGUGCUUAUUGGGUAAAAGACACUGAGCUUCAGGCGCACGAGAGUUUCUACCCACAUCCACCACAGUUGGCUGCGCUGAUACCAGGCACACUUAGAAACAGGUGGCCAUUGUUUGUAUACGCUAUCAUACACUUUCAAAGCUGCUAUAUUAAAGAUAACCUUUGUUUAAUUAUUGUAAAUCAUUUAAAGGAAUAUUCAAGAUUCAGUACAAGUUAAGCUCAAUCAACAAUACUUUUGGUAUAAUUUAAUUGCGACAAAAAUAUUCUUAAAAAAAAGAAAUCUGGCUUACAGUGACAUCUACAGUGGAAGGAAAUGAGGCCAACUUUUAAAUAUUCAAAUACGUCAAUGCUGUAACCAUACGAAGAUGCAAAUGUAUAAUUUUAGUGUGUAAAAAUAUUAAUCGUUUCUGUGUUUUUAUAACAUUAUUGGCCCAGAACAAUCCAUAAAAUGGAAAUGAUUUCAGCUUGCUGUAAUUACAGAUGAUUAUUCAUUCAUAAUUUCAUAACCAUUAUUGUCACUCUCAUAUUCUGAAUCUCAUUCUUCUAUCACAUACGUACAGUGCAUACUGUAGACUUCAUGUUGCACAGAGGCAGAGCUUAAAUCAAAUAUUCACUUGCCAAAUCUGGUAGGAUAAUGUGUGCUUUGUGAAUGUUACCAUGCAGAGCACAUGAUUGUUUUACUAAUGUAUUAGUGUUGAUGUAAACAAAACAAACAAAAAGAUGGAAUGUUCCAUUUUUCUGUUCUAGCACCAAAGCAAUAAGUGACGUUUAGAACAGUUAGUAGAACAGUCUUGUUUUCUUUUGCACAAGUGGUGCCUCUAUUGUAUUAUUAAGGAUAAUUAAUGUAUAACUGAAGUUUUGCCCUCAGUGUGAGUAUUUCAGGCUUUCUUUGGUCUCUUCUGCAUUUUAACUUUUACAUCUGUGUAACAUUACAAAUGCAUGUUGCUCUUUUGUUUAAGUUUGUCCAUUAACCCUUUAACAUGAUGGACGGUCACAGGGUUUGCAUGAUGAUUUAGGUUUUGCCUGCAAAAGAAUUGUGUUAUCAGAAUGUCACUUAAUUUUAAUGUUGUUAAUCGGUGCAAUGAAUGUCUAUGCUAUUGGCAGUGUUAAGCAGCUUCUUUUUAAUAGCUAUUGGUUGAACUGUGUUUCCACAUAAUUUUUAAAUGUAUAAAAAGUGUCAUAUAUUUCUCAUUGCAGCACUUUUACAGAUGAGACAGAAGCACUUGCUGUACAUAAAGCCUUAGAGGUGGAAUACAUGGAAACAUUAUUAAAGCUCAUCAUUAUGCAUGGCUGAAUGUU